AGAGACGGUUGUUGGCGGCUGAUUUGAAUCGGGAAAUGGCGGUGGAGGCGAUCCGGGGGCUUCUCAAGGAAGUGGAGGUCGCAAGGAACCUGCUGAUCGGGUGUGAGGAAGAUGAGCGCACGGUGCAGGAGGAAGCUGCAGUUGUUCAGCACGCAGUUGGGCAAAGAAGGAAUCAGAAGAUGAUUUUCCGGCAGCAGAAUACCUUUGCUCUUCUCCUGGAAGCUGUGAAGAGCAUCGAAGUGAAAGACCUCGAUAAAAGUGUCCAGCAACGGGACAUCAAAGCAAAACUGAAAGAGACCACCCAGAAGUGGAAGAGCCUGAAAGCCGAGUGUCGGCUGCAGGAGGAGGAGGAGCUGCAGGACAUCUCCGAGCUCCUGGACAAACUGGAGACUCUGGAGACCAAAAAGCGGGCGCUGGGAGAUGCCAUCCAACUGUAUGAGGCCAAGCAACACCAGCUGGAAGAGGCUCUUAAGCAGAAGAAGAUCCGACUUCAACAGGAGCACAAGUUGUGGCUGGAGAAGGAGGUGAGGAGGCUGGAGAGAGCCAUCGAGGAAUGCUCCUCGUGUAUCACCAAGUGUCGUGUUGCCAUACGCGAGUUGGAGCCUGUGAUCCAGUCCUUGGCUGAGAGAGGAAACCUCAAUCACUGGCUGUCGCGACUGUCCCAGACGUUGGAAACCCAGUCGGGUAUUAAGGUCCUUUCGGUCUCCGGCAAUGACAUGAUUCUCAACUUUGAUGCCCGAGUGUUGAACCCAGUCACUAAGCUGCUGCCGUUGCUGAUAACUGUGAGUUGGACUGCAGACGGAAGGGUGAAAAUUGAGACUAACUGCUCUUUUCUUGACCUGUUGGAUAUGGCGACUGUGGAUCUGCCCGAGAUGAUAGCCGAGGUUUCCAAACGUUACAUCAGCCAAGCUGAACUGUGGAGUGAAAUCCAGUGUUUGCAACAGAGGUUCGCGAUAGAUUGGCUGGAGGAGAGGAGGACUCUGACCUUUCUACACUUGCCCGCAGGCAGCUCCUCUCAUGUGCUUUACACGUUCCUCGUGGAGCCCGGUUACCCCGCAAACGGUGGGGUUCGCCUCUGCUCCGUUCAGGGCCAGAACGGAGCCUUUGAUACGGUCGUGCAGCCAUCUUCAGCCCAACCCACCCUCUGUGACUGGCUGGAACAUCUCAACUCCGUUUCAAGCUUAAAGGAAUAAGUCGAAGCCUGUAAUAAUGUGGAUCUUGUAUAUAUGCAUGUGUGUGUUUGUCCCUCAAUUGUACACUUUUGGUGUAAAAGGUGGUGUUUUUAUUAUUCAUUUCCUGGUAAUAAAGUGGUCAUUGUGUGUAG